UCAGUGGGAUUCAGGGAUGAGUCUUGAAUUUGCAUCGGCAGAGGAAAUGAUGCUGGAAGAUUUGUUUUAAAAGAAAGGGGGUAAAAGGAAGAAAAGUGACACAUUUCCACAGUUACUCCUGAUAUUUGGAUUGCAUGUCACAGAAAACAGCAGUUGGGCAUCACGUCAUCUCACCACCAUCAAGCCUUUGCUUUAAGAACAAUAAACUUUGAAACUUAUCUUUAUUUAUAGGCAAAGGUUACAACAGUUUAUGCAAUAAAAUGGCAGAGAUUUCAGAAGGUGCAUAUAUUUCCGUCUUUUCAGGGAAGUUUAUCUUUCCUCAUCAGGAAGAAUUAAAAAGAUAGGGGAAAAGAAACGUUGAUAAGGAGAAUAAAAGGACAUUCUCAUCCAACGAUGCCUGAGGAUGGAGAGGAACAUGAUGCACAUGUACACACUGACAUGGCCGAAUCCAAACUUGUGUUCUGCAGCUCUUCAGUGAUGUAGUAGAGCAGAGCAGAGAGGAAAACAGGUUUGAGUUUGUACCGCUGUCGGAAGAUGCAGCACAGCUGAGAAGAUGCUGAGGAAGGUAGUGAUGAUGAGGAGGGUCCUCCACGUGAAGGGAGACGUGAUGUGCACGGUCGUGCUUCUGGUGCUGCUCUGUUUUCUGCUGUACACUCGUCAGGUUGUUCUGUCCUCUGGAUGGAGCAGACCUGUCUGGAAGCUGGAGAUCCACGGCUCCACCAGCUCCAGUCGGAUCAUGUUGGGAUCCGGUGGGACCAAAGUAAAAAAAGAGUCACCUGAGUCUCCACUACUACCACAGAUGCCGUCAUGUAAGCCCCAAACCAAGUCGAAACCUUCCCAGCCUAAAUCCAGCUCUCACAUCAGGUCCAGGUCACGGAGGAAAAAGGUUGUUCCGACCGCGGCUGCAGGAAAACAACUGCCGACACUGCCGCCGUUUGACUUCGAGAGCUAUCUAAGAGAAAAGGACAACAGAAACUUUAGUCUGCUCAUCGACCAGCCGGGGAAAUGUCGCAUCAUAGAAGAAGAGGAAGGUGGAGGAGGCGCUGCGUCUGCUCCCUUCAUGCUUAUCGCAGUGAAAUCUACAGCUGCAGAUUUCGACAAACGUCAGGUAGUGCGACAGACGUGGGGGAAGGAGGGGACCUUCCAACCCGGUGGAUCCAUACGCACUGUGUUCCUGCUGGGGAUUCCCCGGAAUCGGUCCUCCCUGCCUCAGUGGGACCGUCUGCUGACCUACGAGAGCAAAGCCUUCAAGGACAUCCUGCUCUGGGACUUUGAAGACACGUUCUUUAACCUGACUCUGAAGGAAACACAUUUUCUGGAAUGGGUCAACAGCAGCUGUCCUCAUGUGAAGUUCAUCUUUAAAGGUGACGCCGACGUGUACGUAAACGUGGAAAACAUCCUGGAGAUGCUCCAAGGCCGGGAGCCAGACGAGGAUUUGUUUGUUGGGGAUAUUAUCGUUAAUGCCAGACCAAUCCGCCGCCGCUCUUCCAAGUAUUACGUUCCAGAGUUGGUGUACGGAGGCGGCCUGUACCCCAGUUAUGCUGGAGGAGGAGGGUUUGUGAUGUCAGGACACACAGCUCGAAGACUGAGCUCCGCGUGUCAGCAGGUGGAACUGUUUCCGAUCGAUGACGUCUUUCUAGGAAUGUGCCUCCAGCUGAUUGGUGUCAACCCUUUACGUCAUCAGGGAUUUCGCACCUUCGGGAUUCCCCGGCCGUCCGCGGCGCCUCACCUCCAGACCUUCGACCCGUGUUUUUACAGAGAGCUCAUGGUUGUUCACAGCCUCAGUGUGCCGCAGAUCUGGCUCAUGUGGAACCUCCUGCACGACCCCAAGCUGAGUUGCCACAACAGAACCCGGCUGGCAUACGGACCCUUCAAAUGGAGAGGGAGGUUUGAAGAGACGGCAGGAGAUGCGACGGAUUAUGGCGAGAAGCCAGUGUUUCUCACACAUUAGUUCCUGUCAGAACGGAUGGAGUUGGAGCUGGAGGUAUCGUGCAGUCUUGGAGAGCGAUGUGAGAUUUUAUUCAACCAAGCCGAUGGAGCGUAUGCCAGGAAAUGAAAUGCUGCACGGAAAUCUUUCCCAGCUGACUCGGCUCUCUGCGCUGAAACUGCAGGAAUGCAUCUUAACUUUUACCUCUGGGACCAAACUGCUCUCACUGUAUUUAUCAACUGCCAGAUAGAAAGGUUUUUUAUUUGUUUUAAGUUUACAGAAAGGGCAGGUUUCUUUGCACAUUUGAAUUUGUGAUGCUGCUGUGACAUGGUCUCAUCUUGCUAAUGUAUGGUGGUUUUUAAAAAAAAACCUAUUUUACAUGUAGAAGUGAGGCACAUUUUGUGAAGCAUGAUGUGCCCUUCUCAUGUAUGCUGCGUGUGUAAUAGGAUGAGGGUUGUAAAAUGCACUACGUACAGACUAAUGUUUUGCUGUGUCAUCAUUAUCAUUUUAUUUCUUUCCAUACCUAAUUAUAGCCUGACCAUCUUGGGCUGAAAGUUCAAUGAUCUAUAAGAUGCUCAAGCAUGCCCUCAAGUGGUCAAACUCAUGAUCCCUGAAUUAAAGCUAAGGUAGGGAGUUUUGAGAAAACUGUGAGCCUGAAAAGCUGAAAAACAAAGCCUACUGUGCUGCUCCAAUGUUUACCUGUCUUUUUUUUCUUUUCUUUUUUUUUGUGUGUCCUGUCUGGCAAUGUGGCCUUAAG